UAAUUCACCGGGGGCAAUGACACCAUUCAUCCCUCUAUCACUGCUGCUCGAAGAAGAAUCCCUUUUUAAGCACGAAUAUGAAUAUCUCCAGUUCUACAAGGAACGUAAAAGCUGGAUUGAUGCCCUGGAGCACUGCCAGCGAGAGGCUUCUGACCUGGCACAAAUCACCGACCCGAAAGUGCAGAACAUAGUGAACUCCACUCUGAAAAAAAAUGAAGUCUUGCCAGAUGGAGUAUGGAUCGGCCUGGAGAGGUCCAUCUUUGGCUUCAAUGUCAGUUGGCAGUGGACUUCAGGGACACACGUUAAACACAACCGGUGGCACAGCACCUUUCCUGUUGACUCCUUAAACAACCACUGUGGAAAGAUCAUCCUAGCUAAUUCAGACUUCAUGUGGCUGGACGCCAACUGCCAUGACAAGUUACCUUUCAUCUGCCAAGGUAAACUGUUGUUUGAUUUAAAGGCCGAUCUGGGAUGAGAUUAUCAAAUCUUAUCGUUUUCUGUUUCCAAAUUUUGAAUGAAAACCCUGAUGUCCAUACAUGAAACAAAGGUACAAAGGUAUAGCACCUGAAAAUAGUUUUUCCAGGUUGACAGCAGUAAUAUAGUUCACACUAUAUGUCGAGUCUCUUUGAUCUGGGCAGGUCCUGUAUGGAGUUCUGGACAUUACAUGUGUCGUUCCACUUUUCUUUUAUGAUAUUCAUUUCCAUUGAAUACUGGUGUUUUGGGAGGCUGAUUUUUGCAUUAAUUUUCGUUUUCUUUCUUAUAACUGACUUGAUUUGAUUUCCUUGUAAAACCAGUGUGCAAGUAUUAUGACUAACAAUACAGACGCUUGUCUAUAACCAUUCAUUCAUUCAAAACAAAGACCUGUAUUGUUUCACAUAUUAUUAUCAUGGUCUGUACAUGUUUAAUAAUCAUGGCGCAUAAACGACAUAACCACCCAAUAAAAAUUCAGCGUUGAGGAUGAUACAUGACUCAGACCUACAUGUUGUUCGCAAGAACAAAUUACUGCAA